AAUGUGGAGAGCCUGGGACUAACAGGGCAGUAUGUCUAACAGGUCAAGUAUGCAUUGAGGAGGCAAAGAAGUGUCAAGGUCGAAAGGUAAACUGUAAAAAAGUUGGAAGAGGGUGCUGUGGAGAUAAAGGAACUUAUGGAAGAAAAUGCAGGAAGGGUGGUUGGUGUGUACGUGGGAAUGAUAGAACAGGAAAAUGUAUUGGAGCAAGCACAACAACAACAACAACAACUACUACAACUACUACAACUAUAACAACUUCAGUGCCAUGUGUCCAAUUAUGUGAGGCAUAUUAUGCAAAUGAUGGUGUAUAUAUUGAGGCUCCAACUCCUCCCCAGAUCUGUAACAAUGUUUGUGGGCAAAUUUAUGUGAGGGGCUCAGAGCAAGACCCAACCCGAGAUUAUUUGUUAGUUUGGCGGGUAUCGGAAAAUAAAGCGGAGAAAACUGUUAAGCUCGAGUUAAGACCUCCUCCUAAGAGAUAUUUAUACCAAUAUACUCCCGCCGCCAAUCGAGGCGUGAUCGGAACAUGGCAGAAGUGUUCUAACUCCAAGCUAUUUAUUAAUUUAUUCUUUACAUGAUUUUGUAAAUAUGUGUACUCUAUUUUGGGUCAUUAUUUGAUUCUCGUUGGCAUGUUGUGAUCUUGCAGUUCAAUAUAUCUGAUAUUUUCAUUAAAAGUAAGAAAUGAUACAA